UCCUCCUGUUAAUGACAGAAAAUGAGCUAGUGUCGUGCAGACCGAAAUAUCGAGUGUGCCCGAGCAAUUAAAAUAACUGCACCUUUAGGGUAUUUUAAGAAAGGCUCUCGCAAACUAGUCGACAUCUUGUGGUAUCAUGAUUUUCUGUAAUAUAAGAGACUUCAAACAUUCUCUAGAACUUGGAACCAUAUGGAUUAUGAUGUUCUUACUCUGUUUUUUUUUUUUUAUACUGAAAACUUUUUUCUUGUUUAAAAACUCUCUUAACGUAACUGUAUUGUACUUGGCUUUUGUAUCCUUGACGGUUACCAAAGUGGGUGAAGCUAACAGAAAACUUAAUUUUUUUUCCUAAAAAGGUAGCAGAAGAAAAAAAAAAUUAACCCAGUUUUUGUUUCCCUUUUAACUGCCACAUUUAGACUAUUUGCUAUUUAGGCCGAGAGACAGUUUACGGGAGGUUAUCAUAGACAAGAGGAAUCGAAAAACUGAAUCACAAGAAGCCGUAAACAUUUCACCAUCGAAAUGAACGACAGCUCAAGUGUAUCAGUGGCAAAUGCAUCAAUCGCUUCAUCUAUUGUUCCACAAGGUUUCUCUCAGGAAUUCAAAAUUGGUAUAAUAUUUGCGUAUGCCGUUGUUUUUACCAUCGCUUUGCUCGGUAAUUCAAUGGGGUUGUUCUUGGUCUUAAGGAAGUCCUCUUCUGCCAGCAUCACGAACUUGUUCAUCGCCAACAUGACCGUUGCAGAUCUGUUGUUGACGGUGACAAUCAUGCCGCUUCAGGUUGCUAAUCUUUUCGGGGGUGACGCUUGGAUUCCAGGAAUAUUAGGAAACGUGACAUGCAAGGUAGUGUUCUACAUUAUCCCAGUUUCAAUCGCUGCAACUGUGUUCACGAUGAUGUUCAUUUCCUUCGAUCGAUUCUACGCCAUAUUCUAUCCAUUCAGAGAGAAGAUCUUCCGCAAGCCAAAAAUACUGUCUGCCACAAUUUGGAUUCUAUCUUUAGUGCUGAUGAUCCCAUAUCCAAUAAUGUACCGAGUUCAGUAUCGUCCUGAGUUGGACACGCAUCUAUGUUUACAAUUGUGGCCCUGGCAAGACGAAAACGAUCCCACAUAUGCUGAAACCUAUCGCGUACUUAAGAUCUUUCACAUCACGAUUUUCAUUGUGCUGUACGCAUUGCCUCUUUCUAUAACCACCUUUGUCUACUUCUUAAUUUGUCGAAAAUUAUGGCUGCGAAAGAUCCCAGGAAAUGUGACAAACACCAAUCACGCCGCGGCUAAAAAAUCCAAACGCAAAGUUGUGCGGUUACUGGUCCUGAUCCUCUUAGUAUUUGUAAUCUGCUGGUUCCCAAGUUAUGUUAAUCAUUACAUUUGGUACGUCCGACCAGACCUUAGCAAUUUGUUACCAGGUGAAACACUGUUUUGGUUCAUAUGGCUAGGGCACGCAAACAGCGCAAUAAAUCCAUGUCUUUAUAUUUUGCUGAACAACAAGUUUCGCAAAGAACUCUUCAUGACAAUGACUUGCUGUUCAAGUUUUCGAGUCAGGCUAGCACGCUUUUUGUCCGCUUUGUCACAAAAUGAGGAAGAGAACAGUUUUACAACUGGUGGCACCAUGUGGAAAAUGAUGUCGUUUGGUCGAAUAACAGCUUACACAUUGCCGCAUAGUCCCUCAGAGAAACAGGAAAGAGGGCACACGAUUAUGGCCUUGUCACAGAUGAGCAUCAAAGAGGGUAACUCGUAUCCAAAAAGUCCUCCACCUCACAACCAAAAUCAAAACUCCUCACAAAACACUUGUCACAGCGGAGACGACGUGCUCCAAGUGUACCAUUCGUCUUAAAAGCUGGUUUCUUGAUGAUUUCCCGGGUUCAUAGUUGCAUCUUUGAAUGGCACAACAAAACGUCAGCCGUUUUAGAUGCGUUGCUUUCCAAAGAGGAAACAGGCCUAAAUAGUUGAGUUUAAACAGUUUUCCAUUGCCUUUGGAACAGUUUGGAUUACUUGAGCUGAUUUGAGAAAAAAAAAACAAGGUUGCUCCUUAAACAUCGUCUUAGCUAUAACGUAGCUGAACAAAAAUAACUGGACAGUUUGUGUGAUUCAAAAUAAGCUGUACAUAUGUAAAUACCUUACAUUCUAAACCUGCGUAAAGGGUAUGUAGUCUUAAGCGAAUAUGUUGAAAACGUUCUCUAUGGGGGUGGAUAACGUAAGCCAUGAGUUAUCGCUAAAUCCAGCAGAUCGCUAUGAAAUGAAAUCAGCGUAAGCGUUUUAGUCGAAGUCUUAAGUGUAUGCGGCAGAUUGUUUUUAUUGAUUUAAGGGCAAGAUUGCACGAAAAAAGCCCGCGUCACUUCACAUACCAACACUCCUUUGCAAGUCUUCCAAAAAACUUUUGAUCUUUGAACCAGAUGAUUUUCGUAGGUUUUAAGAGGUUUAAUUAAUCAUGGAAAUAAUAAAUUGUUGACCCUCAACAAGAGUACAGCACGGGAAUUGCAUUUAGCAUUCGUAAUUUUCCAAUGAAGAACGAAUUUUUUUUAUUGAAGCUAUUCAAUUGGGGUUAAUACGUGAGCUUACCGUAAUACCGUAAAAAUAAAUUGAUUCAGUUAACUGCAGUACACAAUAUGGUCAUGUUAUCAUUAAAACAUACAGCUAGGGACAGCUAAAUCGUUUGAAGUAUGGGAAGUAAUAAACUAAUGUGGUCAACUUUUACACAUCGGUUGGUACACAGAGUCAUCUCGGCUUGCAAUUGCUUCAUGCCAAAUUUCCGCAGUUUACUCUGAAUAGUUUUGACUUAUUCUUUUGAUGGAUUUCGACCAGAGGGCCCCCUUAUGUACCUCGGCUAAAAUUCAAAGAUCAGCUGACAGACGUUCGGAUCAGUAAGAUAGUAAUAACCCUCCGGUUGGCUAAUGAAUACUCUUCGCAUAUGCAAGAACUCGGGAACUCGGGGAGAUAUUGUUUAUAAAUAUGUAUGGUAAGUAAGAUCGGAAAGGAAGGAAAGGAAACUCUUUAUUCGCACUAUUUCAAGAGGUUACUACAGAUUAUAAAAGUCAGAA